AUGGCGCUCACCCGAUUUACCUUGAAGGCCUGGGGUGUCGACUGGGUCCUGGGAGGUUUCUCUGUGUUCGCGACGGUUUCUCGGACUUCGGGAUUCUUGCGGAUCCGUCGGUGGAGCGCUCGUCUCGUCGCGACCGAGAUGGUCGAUGAAUGCAUGCCCACGCACACGUUCGAGGUGAUUCCGGUGGAAGCGAUUGAAUUCCUCGAUCCUUGCCUGCUCUUGCGCUUUUUGGAUCAUCCGAGGAAGAAGCGGAACGGCUUAUUACAAAUCUCGGAUCGUGGUAGUGAGUGUGAUAUGGGACGAAGUGAUGAUGGGAUCCAUGUCAUGUGUUAUGAUGACAUGCCACGCAUCCCUGGUGAUUCUUAUCAUCUUGACAGCGAACUUUUUCUCCCUCCCUUCGGCUUCCACCUUCAUGCCGCCAGUUCCCGUCGGCAUCCCAAGUGUCGUAUGGGGCCCGGGAGAGCCGCGUCGGUGUCCCUCCCAGGGAAUUGGAUUCCAGCCUUUGUGGCACCGCGGGGGGUGCGAGGAUCGCGUCGCAUUCCCGAGGUGGUUCCAGAAUGGGUGGUCUCGGGAUCGCAGGCGAAAAUUCCGUGCAAUCUGACCAGGGCGGAUUCCCCACUCCUCGUCCUCUGGUAUCGGCGACAGGCUCUGCAACCCAUCUACAGGAUCCACUGGAAAAGAGUUAUUGAGGACGUGUCCACGCCUCGACCGGGCAAUCUGAGGACGAUAGCAAAUAAAAUUCCCCGGGACCAGAUCUCAAUUUCUCGGGACGAGUCCGGAAUCCGUGAGCAGGCACCGACGUAG